GAAGGAAAAGCCACAACAAGAAUCCAAUGAAAAUGUCUAAGCAAAAUGUGCUUGUGAUGAUACUUCUAAUAAGUGCUAUACUUCCACCACCAAUUCAUAGCUUGAAUUUAAAAGCAGGGAAUUGGGGUGAAACUUUCCAAAAUAAGAAACAAGAAACAGAAACAAACCUUCAAUUCUAUUUCCAUGACACACUAAGCGGAAAAAAUCCUAGCGCGAUCAAGGUGGCUGAACCUGUAGACAAGACCAAAACAUACCUUACACAGUUCGGAAACAUUAUGAUGGCCGAUGAUCCUUUAACCGAAACAUCUGACCCGAAAUCCAAGCUCGUGGGCCGAGCCCAAGGUAUUUACGCGUCAUCGUGUCAGCAAGAGAUUGGGCUUCUUAUGUCGUUGAGCUACUCCUUUGUUGAUGGGCCGUAUAAUGGUAGCACAUUUGCUCUUGUUGGAAAGAACCCUGCUAUGAACCCGGUUCGUGAGAUGCCUGUCGUUGGUGGUACCGGCCUUUUCCGUAUGGCAAGGGGUUAUGCCAUUGCUAAGACACAUUGGGUUGAUAUCACUACCGGUGAUGCUAUUGUUGGCUACAAUGUCACCCUCGUUCAUUAUUAGUACCAUUAUAGAUUUGUCCAGCUUCCUAUAAUAUAUAUGCACAUGUCCACUUUCUCUUACUAGUAUCUACUUUAAUGUAUGUUUGAUUUUUUUCACUUUGUUCUUCUCCAAACGAAUGUAGCUUAUUGGCCUUGUAAUGAGUUUUAUAUGUUUUAUGUAUUGGAGUAUUGGACUAUUAUUGUAGACAAAAAUAGUCCAAUACUAUUAUUGUAGACAAAAAUAACUCAAUUACAUGUAUGAUCUAAUCUGAAUGUGCUUUGCCUUAUAUGAAAAUGACAAGAAUAUUGUAGAA